AUCCUCAAUGCUGUGUGAGACAGAUUUUAAAAAAAUCAGAGGCGAUGGGUAUAUAAGGUUCCCCUUGGUGUUCGUCCUGCCGUAGCGGGACCCAACAGCGAUAGCCUUUUGCAUUGAGUUUCGUCUGUGACCGGCAGCAGCAAGAACCCACCAAGAUGUGCGACGACGACGAGACUACCGCUUUGGUGUGCGACAAUGGUUCAGGCCUGGUGAAGGCUGGCUUCGCCGGUGAUGACGCCCCCAGGGCUGUCUUCCCCUCCAUCGUUGGUCGCCCUCGUCACCAGGGUGUCAUGGUCGGUAUGGGUCAGAAGGACUCCUACGUCGGUGAUGAGGCUCAGAGCAAGAGAGGUAUCCUCACUCUGAAGUACCCCAUCGAGCACGGCAUCAUUACCAACUGGGACGACAUGGAGAAGAUCUGGCAUCACACCUUCUACAACGAGCUGCGUGUGGCCCCUGAGGAGCACCCCACCCUGCUCACUGAGGCUCCACUCAACCCCAAGGCUAACCGUGAGAAGAUGACCCAGAUCAUGUUUGAGACCUUCAACGUCCCAGCCAUGUAUGUGGCCAUCCAGGCUGUGCUGUCCCUGUACGCCUCUGGCCGUACCACUGGUAUUGUGCUGGACUCCGGUGAUGGUGUCACUCACAACGUCCCCAUCUAUGAGGGUUACGCUCUCCCCCACGCCAUCAUGCGUCUGGAUCUGGCUGGUCGUGAUCUGACCGACUACCUCAUGAAGAUCCUGACUGAGCGUGGCUACUCCUUCGUCACAACUGCCGAACGUGAGAUCGUGCGUGACAUCAAGGAGAAGCUGUGCUAUGUGGCUCUGGACUUUGAGAAUGAGAUGGCCACCGCCGCCUCCUCCUCUUCCCUGGAGAAGAGCUAUGAGUUGCCCGACGGUCAGGUCAUCACCAUUGGUAAUGAGCGUUUCCGCUGCCCAGAGACCCUCUUCCAGCCUUCCUUCAUUGGUAUGGAGUCUGCUGGUAUUCAUGAGACCGCCUACAACAGCAUCAUGAAGUGCGACAUCGAUAUCCGUAAGGAUCUGUACGCCAACAAUGUCCUGUCUGGUGGUACCACCAUGUACCCUGGUAUUGCUGACCGUAUGCAGAAGGAGAUCACUGCCCUGGCCCCCAGCACAAUGAAGAUCAAGAUCAUUGCCCCACCUGAGCGUAAGUACUCCGUCUGGAUCGGUGGCUCCAUCCUGGCUUCCCUGUCCACCUUCCAGCAGAUGUGGAUCAGCAAGCAGGAAUACGAUGAGGCAGGCCCCAGCAUUGUCCACCGCAAGUGCUUCUAAAUCCAUCAUCGUCAUCCUGUGCAUCUGCGUGCUUGGGCUUGCGCAGUGACAGAACACAUUGUUGUCAUGGGACAGCUCUGGUACAAUGUGGGGAGACAAUGUGUUACGUGAUGAAAAGGCUCGAUGAGGAUCAAUGAACACUACAAAAACGUUAUAUAAAAAAAGAAAAAAACACCAUGUUACUGAAACAAGUGAAUGUAAAUGUACAUACAUAUUAAUUUAUUAAAGUGCAUUCUUUGGUA